GCGCAAAAUGGCGACCGAAACGAAAAAUGAAAAUCCCGGCGAUGUCGAAAAUAGCAUCGGAAUGCCAAGUGCUGUGUUUGUUGAAGAUGUCGAGGAAUUUAUGAAAGCAGAAGAAAACCAAGAAGUGGAGGCAACAUUGAGACGGUUUGAUGAGCAACACAACAAGUAUAAGUUUAUGGAGAGGAAUCUGGUCACCAAGAAGGCGAGAUUAAAAGCCCAGAUACCCGAUAUCAAAACUUCCUUGGAUAUAGUGCGGUAUUUAAAGUCUAAGAAGGAUUCUAAAGAACCAACCGAAACAAGGUUUUUAUUAUCGGAAGUACUGUAUGCAAAGGCGAGUGUACCUCCGACUGAGAAGGUCUGCCUUUGGCUUGGGGCCAAUGUGAUGUUAGAGUACAACUUGGAAGAUGCUGAAAACCUGCUCUCAAAGAACCUCGAGCAGGCCAAGACAUCAUUUGGUAAUGCUGAUACAGACUUGGGAUUCAUCCGAGAUCAAACCACCACGCUAGAGGUCAACAUGGCGCGGGUUUACAACUUUGACGUCAAGAAGCGACAGGCACAGAAGGCGGUCGCUGCAACAUCCUCAUAGCCUAUCACGAUCAACACGAGAUGAUUGCGGCAUGCUAAGUUGAUGUGUGUGCUUUGAACAGCUGUGACCUCUGAGAAAUGAUGUAAGGGACCGUCUUACUUUUCAUCGACCCCACAAAAGGCUCAACAUAUUCAGGUUUUUGUGGCAUCAGUGAAUUUUGGGAUGUUCCCCAAGUAUAUUGGCAGGACUGUCCUGUUAUAAAAUUAUCAGUUUGUAAGGAAAUGAAUUCACAACUAGCAUUUGGCAAUGCAUAAUCUUUCCUUUGCAUGGCUCAGAUCUUGUUUCUUUUCGGAAUAGAAUAAAGGAUCUAAAUCUGUUCAUGACUUGAAACAAGCAGAUAAUACAAUACUCUGUACGAUUAUCUUUUUAUUUUCAAUCUUGCCCUGUGAGACUGAAAACCCCAUACAGUUUGUUGCUACUUGCCAAUAUUGUUGCAGUCAAAGUCUCUCUAUGACGGAUUCAGAUUGAAACAGCUUUCAGUUGCCUGUGAAAUAGGCAUUGUCUAUUUCUGGACAGUGUGAUCAUCUGUGAAGGCUGUUGAUAAACAACUUGACCUGGCAAGAUGAGUGACGGCCGAGGAUUCCCCAAUUCAUGCACUAAAUGUAAAUCCUUUUAUCAAUCAGUUCUCUGUGUUUGUUUCUGCCUUUGGGAGCAUCUUCUGGAAAAUGGCACUAAUCUGAAGAACCUUUUGAAUUGGUUGUAUCUUGUUCAAGUUGUGCAUCACUGAUGAAAGGCCAGUUAUUUGUUGACAGUGUGAAGGGUCAUAAAUGUUCACAUCUGACUUGAAGUGGUUUGAUUUCAAAGCUUAUGCUAUGUCUGUUACCUUCCUCUGUGGAGUUCUCUUUUUUAUUUUUUGCAAAAAUAAAUCUAGUGUAUA